AUGACAGCAACAACUUCAAACUACUUUCAAGUAGCAUUAUCAGAUGAUAGACGAGCUACGAACGAAGAAGAAGAACCGGAAGAAGAACAACAGUCGGCAGCCGAGUCAAGUACUGAAGGUGCAAAUGAAUCGAUAGCGGUAACGGAUAAAGCUGAAAUCAGGAGACAGCGUAUUGCGGCCGCUGUGGAAAGAUCAAAGACUGAGUAUCAGCCAGAACAUGCGUAUACAGAACGAGGAUGGUUUCAAAAUUCAGAUAUUGAAAGGAAUGUAUUAUCUAAACCGAAAGUCGAUCGACAACAUCUAGAAUACAUAGUAACAUCAUUAUAUUACUCUACACCACCUCGAUAUACAGAAGCGUUAAAAUUGAUUUUAGAAGCUUUUGAUUCAAAUUCAAACUCAAAUUCAAAACCGAAAUCUCAAGGUGGAUUAAGUAGGGAAUUAUUAGAUACAGGAUUAAGAUGUUCUUUGGCAUGUAAAGAUGUAGAUGGUGGAUUGAAAUUAGCUGAUUCAAGUAAAACAUUAUGGAAAGGUCAAUUCGCAGGUAUAUCAGCUUCUUCCUCUGAUAUCUAUUUACUAUCAGGAAAGAUAAAAUAUGCUCUGACACCGCUUUUGACCUCUCUAUCUGGAUUCGGAUUACAUGAACCAAUAUUACGUCGUUUAUCGUAUAUUCUCAACCAAUUGAUCUCAAGUGAUUCUACGAAAGAAGCAACGGCAUAUUUCCUUGAAGUGGUGGAUAGAGUGAUUGAAUGGCGUAAAGCUCUUUUCCAGAAACCUCUAUUUGAAGAAGAAGAAGAAGAAGAAGAACAACAACUUCUAACCUCAAGUGCAACUUCUAUUCCGCCUGCAGCAUCGAUAAACGUGGAUAUGUCAUUUGAUCGGCCUAUUGACUGCGUCGCCAUAGUGAAAGAAUUGGACUUAGAUGAUGAUGCCAAGAAAGGGCUGGAAGGUACAUGGUCCAGAUUAAGUAAAGGAUUCAAAGGCGAUCCUGAACCCAUCGAGAAGAGUGUGAGGGAGCUGUAG